CGCCUUUCUUCCUGUCAGAGGAGGUGAUACAGUGACUGACUGAGGAGAUUUUCGUUCUAUCUCAGUGUCAUUCCGGACAUCAAAAUGGCGGACAAGCCGGUACCUUUGGCACAACAGAGACUUCUGGAUGUGAAGGUUGGUCAGCUGCCCAACUGGAUUGCCACUUGUAAUUUCACUCCAAAUGGGGUGUUGGGCGGUGUGAGAAGGGGUUAUGAUCGGUAUUAUAAUAAAUACAUUAACGUGAGGAAGGGGGGCAUCGGAGGGAUUGCCAUGGUGCUUGUUGGCUACAUAACCUUGAGUUACAUCUGGGAAUAUGAUCACAUCAAGCAUGACCGCUGGAGAAAGUACCACUGACCAAAAAAAGAACUGUGCAUUUUUGUUGCUACUCUUCAACAUCUGAAAUAAUAAAUAUUUCCACUUCC